AUGAAUACAGUGUGUGUGCAAACAAACACUCCAGAUAGCGGAGGACGUGCUCAUAAAAGAGCAUCCCUGUUGCUCACUCUCUGGCCUGUGAAGAGGGCCCAGAGCUCACCCAACCUGUACGCUGCUGCAGGUAGUGAUUCCCAGUCAUCAGAUUCAGAUGCCUGGCGUUCACGCAGUGUGUCUGAGGGGUUGAGGAACGGAGACGCCAGCAGCUCGUCCUUGACUGCUAAAGGCUUCCGCAGCGUUAGACCCAACCUACAGGAAAAGAAAUCUCCUACUUCUGGACCCCCCUCCCCAGACCCAUCAGCUCGUCGGUCACCGUAUAGCCGGGCGAGUCAGGAUUCCCCCGACUUCCUGUCGGGACUAUUGCCCAAAGCCCUCUCGCCAACACCCUACACCCCUCUGGAACGUUCUGGGCUAAUGUCGGCCUCACCUGCUGCGUCACCGUUAACCGUGUCUGCGCUGAGUCAUUAUUCAUCAUCCACGUUCGGGCUGGAGGAGCUGCAGAUCUGCGACAUGGACUCCUCCCCCACGGCCACACCUACCCCUUCCCCCACUCUCAGCCACGUCUCCAAUGCCCCUGACGAGCUUCCUACCGCCCCGUCAGCUGCCACAGGCACUAACGGUCAGAUGGCAGUGAAUGGAAGAUCUCAGUCUCAGAGGCCGUUCUCUCCACCUGUGUACCCCCCUCCACCCCCAAACCUCAGUCCAGGCCUGGUAAAGAUUCUGCAGGGUCGUUGUUCAGAGGGUUCAGAGACGGUGAAGAGAGAGACCAUUGUCUCUGGUCAGACAGUGGUCAGUAGCUCUGUGCCGAUCGCUCGUUUCUCGGAGGAAGAGAAGAAGGUGUCUGUGAUAAAAGCACCCCAUUACGAAGGCAUUGGACCAGUGGAUGAGUCAGGCAUUCCCAUCGCCAUCCGUACGACUGUGGACAGACCCAAGGACUGGUACAAGACCAUGUUCAAACAGAUUCACAUGGUUCAUAAAGCAGACGAUGACUAUGCAGACACAUAUAAUGCAACAUAUACUGUCAUAAACAAUGACAACUACCCUCCUGUCCAUGCACACCCACCCCCUCGAACACACACGUACCGGCCUCUCUCUAGAAAUACCUCAGACACGCCAGGCGGUGCCACCCAUCGGGAGCUCUCACAGUCACCUGUGCCCCCACCACCCCCUCCCAUGCCUUCACUCCUUCAGCUCCGCUCGCGGGACAUGGACAGAGAGAGGGAGUUUUCACACGACCCAAAUGAGUGGGGUCCUCCAGAUCGUAAAGUGGACACUCGUAAAUAUCGGGCGGAACCACGGAGCAUCUUUGAGUAUGAGCCUGGAAAAUCCUCCAUCCUCGAGCAAGAAAGGCCUACGUUUGAUUUAAACCCAGAUGACAUAGAUUUAGAGAACGAGCCUUGGUUUAAAUUCUUUUCCGAAUUGGAGUUUGGACGGCCGCCUCCUAAAAAGAGGUUGGAUUAUAAUCCUGACUACUCCACACAUGCUGUGGCACAGUCAUCCCUCUAUCUCUCGCCUUCCGAACAGCCUGAUGGGCCUUCAAGUUUUGCAAGUGACUACAGGAAAAGGCGAAAGUCAGAACCAUCUGUCACUCAAGCCAACACAGGAAGUGAGCAGAAUGCCAGUCAAGUAUCUUCCCGCCCUCUGGAUUCCCAUAAAGCACAGACAUUGAAGAAGCCUACCAUACGUUCCUCCCCCUCCUCACCAUCCAGAGCCAAAGCUGGAGACGCUAGUGAGUCACUCUCCUCCUGUAUGAGCUCUCCAGGUAUGGAGCAUCCUUCCUCUCAUCUCUCCUCAGACUCCCUCACUAUCUCCACACCAACCUGGCGUGGCUCCAAGCGCUCCAUCUGCUUCAAGAACGGUUGGCAGACAGGCCAACAUGAAGCUGCAGAGACUUGGAGUAGCGUUGAUGAUGAAUCUGCCAUGACCCCUACAUCACCACGGCUCAAAUCACGCAGCUGUGAUGACUUGUUGUCUGAUGGACAUGGUGCUAGUGAUGACGGGAGAGCAUCCACUUCUGUGACUACCACUCGCUCGGAAAGUGCUGGUUCGUUGCUCGAUGAAGACGCUCCACAGAAGCCUCAAGUAAAAAGUCUUACCUCAUCUCCCAGGGGGCGCCGACAUCACCGCCGUAAGAUGGCACAUGAUGCUCCAGGUUUCCUUCAGCUCUACAAGAAGAUGCACCACAUAGACCGUGAGCAACUGUUGCCGUCAGAGGUGAUUCGUUCUGUACGUGCACGAAUCCUCGAGUUGGAACGACUACAGCAACAACAGAGGCACAACCUCCACGGUUGGGCACCUUUUGGUCAUGAGGUGCCGCAACACAUGGUCCCAAACCGUAUAUCGGAAUAUGAACAGCUGAUCCAGAAAUCAAAGUCCAUGCCAGACCUUGGUGACGAAAAUGCCCCUUCGGGCACCACCACACCAGGGUCUUCAAGGGCCAGCAGCUGUCCCAAACGACGCUUUUCUGUUGAAUCACUUUUGGAGGAGGAAGAUCCUCCAGUAAGAGCUCGAAGUCCCCCUGAGGGACAACCAAGACCGGGACCAGAAAUCAAUAGCCUGGUGCCAAUCCAUGGGAAAACCCAGAGGCAGCAUCAAGACUACUCGGACAGUGAACAGGACGCCUGUGCCUCCGAAAUGAGCGACAUCCACAUAGAAGGGUCUUCACUAUGUAGCGAGAGCGACCUGGAUCAUUGCUCGCUCACGUCAUCGGAGAGCUUCUAUGGUUCUGGGCAACAUCACCAUCAUGGACACCAUCACCAUGGACACCAUCACCACCGCCACCAUCACAUGCACCAGAGUGUGGGUCAGAGUCAAGGUUACCAACACCGCCACCUCAUCAGCUCCUGUAAGGGUCGCUGUCCGGCGUCCUAUACGCGUUUCACCACCAUGCUAAAACAUGAGCGACAACAGGAAAGGGCUCGGCAGGAAUCCCACCCUGCUGUUACAUCUCCACAAGCCCAACAGUCACCCAGUGAGUCAGGCCUUUCCAAACUGGCCUUCCUGGUCAGCCCUGUGCCUUUCCGCCGGAAACGAGGCUCCCCGCCGACCCAACGACGACAUUGCAGAAGCGGACGACCGAAAUCCAAAACUGCGAUUUAUGAGGCCUUAGAUGCUGCUUUGCAGGACAUUUAUGACCACAUAAGAGCGGAAAAGGGACAAGGACCAGCAAGGAUGCCAGAUGAUAGCAUAUUACGGCGGUUAUUGGAAGAGUUGCUACCAGACGUGCCCAAGCGUAGCUCCUCCUUGCGGGCUCAAAGAGGGUCCGGCUCACCCUCCUCGCCCCACGUCCACCAGCCUUACCAUGGAGCCCACCAAUGUGCCUCCUACCAGCAGCAACAUCAUGCAGACGCCUCCAACAACAACCAGCAUAAUGUUAAUGCUAAUGUGCACUGCUACUCAGAUCAGGGCUCUGAUACAGGACGUAUCACACCACAAAGCAGAAGACCCACUCCAGAAAGAGAGAAACAGUCUGCCAGGGCUAUUUAUGAUUUUAAUGCUCAGUCUGCCAAGGAACUUUCCUUUAAGAAAGGGGAUGCAGUCAACAUCAUCAGACAGAUCGACAGUAACUGGUAUGAGGGGGAAAACAGAGGUCGGAUUGGGAUUUUCCCUAUCUCUUAUGUUGAGAAGGUGGCAUCUCCAGAGCGGAGGCAGCCUGUCAGGCCGCCUCCUCCAGCUCAGGUUCGAGAUAUGGGAGAGGCCAUAGCACGAUACAACUUCAAUGCUGACACUAACGUAGAGCUUUCUCUUAGAAAGGGGGACCGAGUGAUCCUCCUAAGGAAGGUGGAUCAGAAUUGGUAUGAGGGAAAGAUUCCUGGCUCAAACAAACAGGGCAUUUUCCCUGUGUCCUAUGUCGAUGCGAUCAAGGGCUCUCCUUCCAAGAGCCCCAGUCACCAAGGAGAAACACACACACAUAGGGCACAGAAGCACGAUACAGACUCCCAUUUCCUGUGGCUUGAUUCUGCCACUAGGACACACCUUCAAACGGUCACUAGCGAAUGGCUGUCCCUCACAUUGGGUGUGUCCACCACUUCAUGUGGCAGUCCAGUGCCACCCACCCCUCCUCCCUUACCCAACCACCUACAAUACAUAGGCCUCAAAUCCCCUGCUCCACUUGUGAAAAGGGUUACCCCACCACAAAACCCUUCCUCCCCUUUUUUCAGCCAUGGACCAAUCACUUCAGAGUCCUCAAAUGUUUCCCAUGAACUUAUCUACAGAGAUAAACCAACAGACAUAGAUGUAAAAGAAACUUUCAGUUUACCCAUGAAAUGGAUCACAGACUAUAAUCAACAGCUGUUAAGAACUAAACGAAAGGAGCAUAAUGGCAAAAAGCUCUUAGAAGAUAUGUAUGUAAAGGAGCACAGCUUGAAACAAAACUAUGACCCAUUUAGGCCAAAAAGCGAACUUGAUCCAUAUGGUGAGCUUAUGUCGACGUUUCUAAAAAAUCAACUCCAUAAUGAACUUCAAUGCAGAUUGGCCAAUCGAUCGAAAAACAUAGCUAUUCAAGAUGUAUUACCUGAUAGGCCUAUGUCCAUCAGUUCAAGCCACAAAUCAGAAAAUAAAUUGGAUAAACAUCAUGAUAUCUGUGAGAAAAAGGCUGAGGAGCUGCUGUCAGUCAUUUUGAAUGAGAAAACAGAGUUUUACAGUCCAGUAGCUGCACUAAAAUGGGAGGAGCUUUCGGAGUUGUACAUACAGGAAGAGGAUGAUGAAACAAUCAGCAGAUCAGCCUUGGAGGCUGUUUCAAAAAAAGAGGCUGACUCCUCCUCCAUCACUCCAUCUCUACCCUUCUCCUCCUCCCCCACCCCUAAUUCCUCCCUUACUCUGUCCUCCAUUAGCUUUUCUCCUCCACACAUUGAAUCAUCUGCCUCUGGUGUUCACUGUUCUCCACCGUCUUUUUCCAAACCUUUUCAAUGUUCUAUUUCUUCACCUCUUCCUUUGGUGCCCUAUUCCUCAUCUAUCCUCCAAUCCUCAGUUGUUUCUUCCCCUUCAGACUCUCCUCUCCCUCCCUCUCUCUCCACUCCUACUUCUCCUCCUCUGUCUCCUCCAAACUCCCCAAUCCCUCUUCCUCUUCCUCCUUCAGCGACUCUUAACGUUUAUCCUUCUUCGGCCUCUUCUUUGCCUUCUAAUUAUCAAUACAUUUCAUCUCCUCCUCCUCCCUCAUUUCCGCAACCACUUCUUUCUUCUGUUGUUCCUCAGCUAUCCUCUCCUACUUCCACUCCUAUUUUCUCAAAUAUCCCCUCCUCCCACUCUCCUUCUCCUCCCUCCUCUCCUCGUUUCUCGCCAAUCCCACCAUCUCCUCCUUUAUCCCCUAUUCCAUCUUUCCAUCCACCUCUUUAUUCCUCCUGCCAGCCUCUUCUUACAACUAUUCCAGCCUCGCCACCCUCCACUCCUUCUCCUCCUCCAUCUUCUUCAAACCGCAUCCCAUCUCCUGAAAUUCCACUUUCUCCUCCCAGUUCUCCUACACUCCUUUCCUCAUAUCCUCCCUCCUCUGUACCUGUAGUCUCCACUCAGCCCUCACCAUCCAUCCCCCCAUCCUCUACAUCUAUUUCUCCUCUCUCCCCACGUUCACAGCCUCGGUCUCCUAAGAUUAAGAAAAUGAUGCAGGAUUCCCAGAAUGCAGGCGGUGACCCCUUCCAAGCUGUCUACAACUAUGUGCCUCGUAAUGAGGAUGAGCUGGAGCUGAAGGAGGGGGACAUUGUUGAUGUCAUAGAGAAAUGUGACGAUGGCUGGUUUGUGGGUACCUCUCGUAGAACCAGUUUAUUCGGAACGUUCCCAGGAAACUAUGUUAAAACGCUUUAACAAAGAGGAAACAAUGGCACAAAUACAGCCACUCCAGUGCCUACUGUGUAGGGCCAAUGAGGCACCUCACCUUUGAGAAAGUGUGUGUGUGUGUGUGUCUUUAUGUGUGAGUGUGUUCACAAACACAACAUUUUUAGCUCUGCCAUUUCUGCACAGACAAACCACUGAAAUUCAUUUCACUUUGAGCACUUUUUUGUGCCAUCACACAGUCUCCUCACUGUUCCUUUAUCUGCUAUUUUGACAUUUUGUUAUUUUCCAGGAUGUGGUAAAGUUAGUACGGUGAGGAUUCAGGUAGCAUGGUAUUGAGUGAGGUCAGUAGAACAGUAUGAAUGGUACUGAGGGGAAGCCCCAUGGCAUCAGUGUUAAACUGAGUC